GCCCUCGCCAAACUCAACGUGACAACAGUGACGACUUGCAGCGACCGUGCUCGCAGCUCGUAUAUGUCGUGUAGUUGGUUGGCUGCUGAGCAGCGUUUUGGCGGAUGUGCGUGUCAAAGGCUGUCGGAAAAAGAGCUAACUGGGACAUCGUGUGGGUGUGACGACUCAAGAAGAAAAUAUGGCUUUGACUCGCGCCAUCGCUGUGCUUGGUAUUCUUGGACUUUUUCUGGCUGUUUUUGGUGGUGGUGGUGCUCUCCUUCUGCGGAGACUGUUCAUCACUCUUUUAGAUGAGAAACUUCCUCUGGUUAAUAACUCGGAUGCAUUUAAUUUGUGGCGAGACAUUCCGCUACCCAUCUACAGAAAUUUCUACUUCUUCAACUUGACCAAUCCAAGGCAGUUCCUUGCGAAAAAAGAGAAGCCGAAGUUUAAGGAGGUUGGACCUUAUUCUUACAGGGUCACAUGGGUGAAAAAAAACAUCACCUGGAAUUCCAAUGGCACAGUUUCCUACAGAGAAGUCAAGACAUAUGUUUUUGACAGAAAUGCGUCUGUUGGUACUCAAAAGGACUACAUCACAACUAUCAAUGCUCCUCUUGUGUCAGCUGGUGUCCUUCUGGACAAGGUUAAGAACCCUAUCAAGCAUGCAGCAAUCGCAUUUCUUAUUAACCUACUUAAGGAGCAGCCCGUUUCACAACACACAGUGGGCGAACUCUUGUUUGAUGGCUAUGUGGAUCCACUUGUCAUGGCCAGCCGCCGCAUUGACCCAACGUUGCCGUCCACAAAUGGGAAAUUUGGAUGGAUGAUACAGCGUAAUGGUUCCAAUGAUGGCCUUUUCACUGUGUACACAGGCAAAGGCCAAAUGGACAAAUACAAUGUUAUCACUCGUUGGAAUGGCCUGCAAAACGUGACCUGGUGGAAUGGAACAUGCAACAUGAUAAAUGGCACAAAUGGUGAGCUCAUGCCUCCACUGAAACCUGGACAGGACUUUGUUGAAGUUUUCAAUCCUGACUUCUGCAGGUCACUGAGGAUGCAGUAUGAUGGGCACACAUCAAAGUUUGGAAUGUCCCUGGAACAGUUUGUUGCUCCUGAGACCACUUUUCAAAAUGGCGAAAAUUACUCGGCAAACGCCUGCUUUGACACAAAGCGCGAGCUGCACUCUGGAGCAAUGGACCUUGGCCCAUGCCAACAUGAUUUACCUGUGGCAUUAUCUUUCCCACAUUUCUACAUGGCUGAUCCUCACUAUUUGGAGCAAGUGGAGGGACUGCAACCAAAUGGCAGCCUGCAUCGUUUCCAGCUGACCUUGGAACCUAAGUUGGGUCUUACUGUCAGUCUCAGAGGAAGAAUUCAGCUGAACAUGAUCCUCAAGAAGAACUCUGCCAUCAGGGGACUGGACAAUAUACCGGAAUUAGUGUAUCCUGUCUUGUGGGAGGAAAUUCACAUCGAGCUGGACAAGGCUUUAGCUGAUUACCUGAAACGCACAUUGGAAAAUCCGAUGUUCUACAGCAUGCUUACUGCUUACAUCUUGCUGUCCUUGGGCUGCCUCUUGCUCUUGAUUACGGUCACCUGCAUUGUGGUCAAGGCCAUUCCAAGGCUACUUUACCCAAAGGAUGUCGAAAGUGAAUCGCUGCUUGUUGAUACUGAUGAAGCAGUGGAGGAUGCUGCUGCAAAGAGCCACAAUAACCAUGGCGAAGUAAUCACGUGAUUCAAGUUCUUGAAUAUUCUAAGUGUUGGCUAAUAGGAAGUAAAUCGUUCAGAAUGUGAUUGCUAUGUGUCCCAGUGGAGAACGGAGCAGAUUUUACACUGUAACAUGUUGAUACUCUUGUGAUGCUCAUGCGUUAUGUAAUUUUAUAGGCUUUUCUCUUAAUGAAAGUGAGGUUAGGAAGGGCCAUUGUUAUCUAUAGUUAGGCUACUAGUACCACGGACUGUUGAAAGCUACUUGACAACUGCCUUUUAUGGUCUGUUUGAGGCUGGUGUCUUGAAUUUCUUUCCAGUCAAGAAAAGCUCGUCAAUGAGAGUUCUCAACAGAUUCUAAUCUGUAGCAGCCGGUCUGCUUGUGCCAAGUGCAGUGUUGUCUGAAUAAGGGCUUUUACUUGCUUCAGACAUCAUGCUGCCAAUAUCUGCUCACUGAACACCAUUUAACAUCAGCAAGGUACUGCUAUUUUAGUAUUGUCUUUUCUUGAUCUCUAGGUAUAACGCAACUAGUGUGCCUAAUCUAUAGCCUCGCUUGAGGCCUUCUGCCUUCAAGUCUCAAAGUACCUGCAUUCCUAUGUCCAACAUUGCCGCAUUCAGGGUCAGUCAAUAUUGUUUCAUUGAGAUGUUAUACCCUGUUUUGUAUUUUAAGAGUAUAAAAGCUUGUUUCUUUUAACCUGUUAUGAUGUGAUCCUGCACUGGCACUGCUUCUUAAGAUGAACAUUAAAGUGUAUUUUAAUUAAGA